AUGCCGCUUACCUCGGUCCUCCAGUUCGUAACCCUCUCCUUUGGCUUGACACUCAUAGCCUCCAGGGCCGACUCCUACCAUUUCGCAAUCAAGGGCAACGUAUUUGCCUAUGUCGACCCCUUCCGUAAGACCGUGAUUAACCCUAUCCUUUGUACCGGGGGCCAUCAUGGAAUGGCCUUUGACCCCGAGGUCAUACGCCUCAGCCAACGCCUCAGCGGAUAUGUCGUUGUCCGCAGCCCAUAG